CGAUGGGACUAGGCUGAGGCGAGGCGGUGGCGGCGGCGACAGCGGCGGCCCGGCCCCCCGCGGCCUCUUGUUUGCUCGGGCCGGGAGGCCGCAGAGGAGACGGUGCGGCAGCGUGGCGGAUCUGACAGAAACAUCCUAGGAUCUUGGUGUCUGGACAUAGGAGUUCUUCAGUUGUUGUGAAGCAUAAGACCUUUCAAAGCACUGUAGAUAUGGACAAAGAAGAAAGGAAGACUAUCAACCAGGGUCAAGAAGAUGAAAUGGAGAUUUAUGGUUAUAAUUUGUGUCGCUGGAAGCUUGCCAUAGUUUCUUUAGGAGUGAUUUGUACUGGUGGGUUUCUUCUCCUCCUCCUGUACUGGAUGCCUGAGUGGCGGGUGAAAGCAACUUGUAUCAGAGCUGCAGUUAAAGACUGUGAAGUGGUGCUGCUGAGGACUACUGAUGAAUUCAGAAUGUGGUUUUGUGCAAAAAUUCGUUUUCUUUCUCUGGAAAAUCAUCCAUUUUCAAAUCCAAAAUCUGUAACUGAUAAGAUUUCAAAUGGCCAUGCAGUUCAUUUAACUGAGAAUCCUGCUGAAGAGAAUAGGCAUGAGAUGAGUAAAUGUUCACAGACUCAGACACAACAGAUUCGUUAUUUCACCCACCAUAGUGUAAGAUAUUUCUGGAAUGAUACCAUUCGCAAUUUUGAUUUCUUAAAGGGGCUGGAUGAAGGUGUUUCUUGUACAUCAAUUUAUGAAAAACAUGGUGUGGGACUGACAAAAGAGAUGCAUGCCUGCAGAAAAUUGCUUUAUGGUGUAAAUGAAAUUACUGUGAAAGUGCCUUCUGUUUUCAAGCUUCUAAUUAAAGAGGUUCUCAAUCCAUUUUACAUUUUCCAGCUGUUCAGUGUUAUACUGUGGAGCACUGAUGAAUACUAUUACUAUGCUCUAGCCAUUGUGAUUAUGUCCAUAGUAUCAAUUGUCAGCUCCCUAUAUUCCAUUAGAAAGCAAUAUGUUAUGUUGCAUGACAUGGUGGCAGCUCACAGCACUGUGAGAGUUUCAGUUUGUAGAGUAAAUGAAGAAAUAGAAGAGAUAUUUUCUACAGACCUUGUGCCAGGAGAUGUGAUGGUCAUUCCUUUAAAUGGAACAGUCAUGCCUUGUGAUGCAGUACUUAUUAAUGGUACUUGCAUUGUAAAUGAAAGCAUGUUAACAGGAGAAAGUGUUCCAGUGACAAAGACUAAUUUGCCAAAUCCUUCAGUGGAUAUAAAAGGAAUGGGUGAGGAAAUAUAUAGUCCAGAAACACAUAAACGACACACUUUGUUUUGUGGGACGACUGUUAUUCAGACUCGUUUCUACACUGGAGAGCUCGUCAAAGCCAUAGUAGUUCGAACAGGAUUUAGUACUUCCAAAGGACAGCUUGUUCGUUCCAUAUUGUAUCCCAAACCAACUGAUUUUAAACUCUACAGAGAUGCCUACUUGUUUCUGCUGUGUCUUGUGGCAGUGGCUGGCAUUGGGUUCAUCUACACGAUUAUCAAUAGCAUUUUAAAUGAGGAAGAAGUUGGGGUAAUAAUUAUAGAGUCUCUUGAUAUCAUUACAAUUACUGUGCCACCUGCACUUCCUGCUGCAAUGACUGCUGGAAUUGUGUAUGCUCAGAGAAGACUGAAAAAAGUUGGUAUUUUCUGUAUCAGUCCCCAACGGAUAAAUAUAUGUGGACAGCUGAAUCUUGUUUGUUUUGACAAGACUGGAACGCUUACUGAAGAUGGUUUAGAUCUCUGGGGGAUUCAACGAGUAGAAAAUGCCCGAUUUCUUUUACCAGAAGAAAAUGUUUGCAAUGAGAUGUUGGUAAAAUCUCAGUUUGUUGCUUGUAUGGCUACCUGUCAUUCACUUACAAAAAUUGAAGGAAUGCUUUCUGGUGAUCCACUUGAUUUAAAAAUGUUUGAAGCCAUUGGAUGGAUUCUGGAAGAAGCAACGGAAGAAGAAACAGCCCUUCAUAAUCGAAUUAUGCCCACUGUGGUUCGUCCUCCUAAACAGCUGCUUCCUGAAUCUACACCUGCAGGAAACCAAGAAAUGGAGCUGUUUGAACUUCCAGCUAUUUAUGAGAUAGGAAUUGUUCGCCAAUUCCCAUUUUCUUCUGCUUUGCAACGUAUGAGUGUGGUUGCAAGGGUGCUAGGGGAUAAGAAAAUGGAUGCCUACAUGAAAGGAGCCCCUGAGGUCAUUGCCAGUCUUUGUAAACCAGAAACCGUUCCUAUUGAUUUUGAGGAAGUUUUAGAAGAUUAUACUAAACAAGGCUUCCGUGUGAUUGCUCUCGCACAUCGAAAAUUGGAGUCAAAACUGACAUGGCAUAAAGUACAGAAUAUUAGUAGAGAUGCCAUUGAAAACAACAUGGAUUUUAUGGGAUUAAUUAUAAUGCAGAACAAAUUAAAGCAAGAAACCCCUGCAGUACUUGAAGAUUUGCAUAAAGCCAACAUUCGCACUGUCAUGGUCACAGGUGACAACAUGUUGACUGCUGUCUCUGUGGCCAGAGACUGUGGAAUGAUUCUACCUCAAGAUAAAGUUAUUAUUGCUGAAGCAUUACCUCCAAAGGAUGGGAAAGUUGCCAAGAUAAAUUGGCAUUAUGCGGACUCACUAACACAGUGCGGUAAUUCAUCAGCAAUUGACUCUGAGGCUAUUCCAAUUAAGUUGGUUCAUGAUAGCUUAGAAGAUCUUCAAUUGACUCGUUAUCAUUUUGCAAUGAAUGGAAAAUCAUUUUCAGUGAUAUUGGAGCAUUUUCAAGACCUUGUUCCUAAGUUGAUGUUGCAUGGCACUGUGUUUGCACGUAUGGCACCUGAUCAGAAGACACAAUUGGUAGAAGCAUUGCAAAAUGUAGAUUACUUUGUUGGGAUGUGUGGUGAUGGUGCAAAUGAUUGUGGUGCUUUGAAGAGGGCACAUGGAGGCAUUUCCUUAUCAGAGCUUGAGGCUUCGGUGGCAUCUCCGUUUACCUCUAAAACGCCUAGUAUUUCCUGUGUGCCAAACCUUAUAAGGGAAGGCCGUGCUGCUUUAAUGACUUCCUUCUGUGUGUUUAAAUUUAUGGCAUUGUACAGCAUCAUACAGUACUUCAGUGUAACUCUCCUGUAUUCUAUCUUAAGUAACCUAGGAGACUUCCAGUUUCUCUUCAUUGAUCUGGCAAUCAUUUUGGUAGUGGUAUUUACAAUGAGUUUAAAUUCUGCCUGGAAGGAACUUGUGGCACAAAGACCACCUUCAGGCCUUAUAUCUGGGGCCCUACUCUUCUCUGUUUUAUCUCAGAUAAUCAUCUGCAUUGGAUUUCAAUCUCUGGGGUUUUUUUGGGUUAAGCAGCAGCCUUGGUAUGAAGUAUGGCAUCCAUAUUCAGAUGCUUGUAAUACAACAAGAAACCCACAUUGGAAUUCUUCACACAUGUAUAAUGAAACUGAACCUGAUUCACACAAUAUACAAAAUUAUGAAAAUACCACGGUGUUUUUUAUCUCCAGUUUUCAGUACCUCAUAGUAGCAAUUGCCUUUUCAAAAGGAAAACCUUUCAGGCAACCUUGCUACAAGAAUUAUCUUUUUGUUGUAUCUGUGAUUAUUUUGUAUGUUUUCAUAUUAUUCAUCAUGUUGCAUCCAGUUGCCUCUAUUGACCAGGUUCUUCAGAUAGUGUGUGUACCAUAUCAGUGGCGUAUAACUAUGCUCAUCAUUGUUCUUGUCAAUGCCCUUGUGUCUAUCAUGGUGGAGAGCUUCUUCCUUGACAUGGUCCUUUGGAAAGUUGUGUUCAAUCGAGACAGACAAGGAGAAUAUCGCUUCACCACCACACAGCCACCACAGGAGUCAGUGGAUCGGUGGGGAAAAUGCUGCUUGUCCUGGGCCCAGGGAUGUAGAAAGAAGAUGCCAAAGGCAAAGUACAUGUAUCUGGCACAGGAGCUAUUGGUUGAUCCAGAAUGGCCACCAAAACCUCAGACGACAACAGAAGCUAAAGCUUUAGUGAAGGAGAAUGGAUCAUGUCAGAUUAUCACCAUAACAUAGCAGUGACUUAGUCUCAGUGGUAUGCUAAUAGCAGUAUUUGAAGGAAUGGUUUUAGGAUUUUCUGGUCCUGUAUGUUAGUGUGGCACUCUUUCAAUUUAUGUCCCUUCUGAUAAGUAUCUGAUUCAAGAGCCUUUUUUAAAACAAAACAAAACAAACAAAAAAGGGUAUUGGCCUCAAUGUUGAAAUUAACUGUCAGUCCAUCUAUAUCUUUCUUUAUUCAGUAACCAAAUAUAUACACUUCCAGAAUUUUGGUUGUUACCCUUAGUCAUACUCUUUAUAUUAGGUACAAGAGAAAUUUGGCAUUUGGUAGAUAUUUAGACAUUAGCUUUUGGAACUAGUUUGCCUCUUUAUUUUCACAACCCUCUUAUUAGAAAAAGUUUAUGUUUAUAUACAGGCCCUAAGUUUGUGAUCAUUAAAAAUAAAAUGGGUGUUAAUUAGCCUCCAGUGAAAACAGGUUGAAAGCCUGUUUUCAUUUUAUUCCAAUAUUUCUCCCAAAGAAUUCUGUGUAAACCUACACCAGUUCUCUUUGAUAGUUUAGAAUUAGUAGUGGGUUUUUAUGGUGUUGCUUAUAGAACAACUCAGGUAAUUCCUCUGUAUGGUGUUAUAUUUUCUGUACAAACUGCCUGGGUUUUAUUUUUCUAAUCGGCAAGGUGCUUCACUGCAUUCUUAAGAUGUCCCUCAAAGCUGUUAAGUGGAUGUUGUUUUCUGUCUGGUGUCAGUGGUCUAAUUGGUUUGCUUCAUUAAAUGUUGUGAAACCUUUUUUACUAGAAAAAGAUGAUUUCUUUUGGCAGUAAAUGUAGAUCUAACAUCUCAACAUACAUUUUUUCCCCCUUCAGGAUUUGUAUUAUUUUUUUWAAUUUUCUCCAAUUUUUUAAUUAUCUAAAG